AUGGCGCCACUAGGUAUUCGACAGAGCCACUCACUUGGACCUGGCACUCCUCGUCCCCCGAAACGGCCGCCGAACGUCCCAGUCGAAGUUCACAAGUCAAUCGAUCCGAAGGUAUUCGCCGAACUGAUGGCCGGAACGGUCGGCAUAUUUAUACUUGCAGUGUUGUUCUGGAAGCUGGGCCAGUUUAUCAGAAGAUUCAACCAAAACAAGGUGCUGAGAGCAGGGAAAUCUACCAAGACCCGGUAUGCGCGCACAUGGUAUGGCUGGGUAUCACGCCCGACACACGAUAGGAACAAACGGGUCAUUCGUGAUUUCUUCAUUUGGAUUCGGAGAAUGACCGCGUGGAAGUCCACAAGGGCUGAUUAUAGUUGGGUCUGGUGGGAUCCCGGCGGCGAGGAGAGACAGAAACGCCGAUGCGAGCUGAAAGGGCUUUGGUGGUUACCGGAUUGGUUGAAGAGCUAUGAUGAUCUGCCGUCGGCUGAUGAGAUUUGGGAUCCUUGUUCGCGGCCGGAGUGCCACGGGGCUUUGGUGGAUGAUGCCUUGUCCAGUUCUGUCUGGGCCUCUAAUUCUUUGGAAAGACAGCGAGAGCAGAGAGACGUUUUGCAGUCGAUCCCGCGGCCACUUCACGUGUUAAACAACGGCCAACAGCCUAUAACUCGUUCGAUCAUAGAGGAGCUCUUCAGGCAUCCCCUAGAGGUUGCUGGCUCUUCAGAUCACCACAUAGCAUUCAAUUCACCUGAAAGCAGACCGAGGCUGACAACCAGAGCAUCAAUUCCGUUUGACCGUGUCCAUUCAUUACCCUCACGACAUAACAAUAUUUACCAGCGUCGGAGAGUGGUUCCGUGGUCACAAGGUGAUGGGCCUCACGCCAUCUCAUUUCCAGUUGAGUCGAUUGUCCACCAUAUGAAUAUGCAAUACGAAGCUGCUGCAUCAAUCGAUUCCUCCACCCUGAAUACACCAUACCCAGCUCAUCAACACGGGGGUUCAAAAAGACAUCGCAGUUGGGCAGCCCGGAUGCAGGUAGGGCCCAAAGUUACAGCCCUGGAAAAUCUUCGUGAUUCAUCUGGUCCUCCUGGGACGCCGAUGACUGAAUUAUUGGCCAGCUAUAUAUCUGAACGCAGCUCGUCUAUCCCUCUUCGCCCGAAGAGACGAAGGAAAGACCAGGGACAUCUGCAGAUUUCCGAAGAUCGGAUGCCUUUCACUUCGAGAGUACUCAUGGGUGACCAGGUCCUCUCUUCGAAUGAGAAACAGAUAUGUACCAGGUCUAUCCAAUGGAACUCUGCACCAGCAAGAAGCCGCCCUCCCGGAAAGGAUGGACAGCCGGCCAGAGGGAAAUUCCAUGAUGAAUGGCGAUCAGCACAUGAUUCAAGCCGCUCUUUGUUUACCCAAGUGCCUCAUCGCUCAAGUCCAAAAGGGAAAAGUAGGUGCACCCGACACUCAACAGACCACAAUCAGCUGAAAAUAGGAGGGCCUGUCGACGAAUUAAGUGACUGGGAGGUCAGAUUGAUGGAAAGGCUAGAUCGAAAACUGGCAUGGGUCUUCAACGAAUUCAGCCCCGGGCAAAAGCCAUAUCAUUUUGCCUUGCUUGCCAACCACUGGCUGAACAGAGAAACCUGGAUCGUGUACGAUCCCAUAUCAAGAGUUAACAACGAUGGACGCCGGGACUGGGGAGACCCUCGCUUCAACGUUCCAUAUCCGGAGCCAAGUCUGAGUCCUCGACUCAAGUACCCUAACUCCAUCAAGAAGCGAGCGCAUACACCUCGCAUAGACUCCUGGCGUGCGGCGGUCAACAAGCAGCGGAAGGUAUCUGGCAUUCGAGAUGCUAUCCGCAGCAUUGAACUGUUUGAAGGGUCGGCAGAGGAACCGCCUGAUGGACAUAUUGAUCCAGCUUGCUGGGCUUUGCCGAAACCGCCUCAAGGCUUUGAAAUGUCCACCUCACAGAAGAACGCCUGGUACGAAGGAGGUGCAGGGUGGCAGGAAAAGCUUGAAGAUUGGCAGAACGUUCGUUGGGGAUAUCGUCUUCGCAAAGGCAUCUAUGAAGGGCGUGUCAAUCGGGGAAAAGUGAAGGAAGUGGUGUCGCAAGUCAACAAAUGCUACCGCAGUGCGUCGGCCAAAUUGAUUCCCAGCCACAAUUCCAGCAAACGAAGAGCUCCAAACCGUCGGGUCUCAUGA